CAUUUUCUUGACCGAGGACAAAAUCUUUUUUUCACCUUUCCAUUUUUCCCCAUAAUUUAAAUCAGUGACUGAUUAGAUAUCUUUAAACUACUAUAUCCCUUUUAGCUACUUAUACCAAAAUGGAUGUUAGUUGUGGGCCUUCAAACGCCUUAACCAACUUGUCCAAACAUACACAACGAGACAACUCUUUACAAAAUGAAUUUGCCUUAAGAAAUAACCAACAAUCUCGAAACCAUCCAGGCAAUUUCAAGACUAAUAACGGUGUUGAUCACAGAUUAAAUCAAGAAUUUCAACAGUUUAAUGGUGGAAAUGAUUUUGCAAAUAGUUUCAUGACUCAGUUCCAGCCGGUGCAACAUAGGCAACAACCAGUUAAUCCGAUGCAAGUUAAUAAUCCAGCUUGGGUACUGGACUUUUCUAACUUAUCUAUAAGUCAGCAACCACAACCGGUACAACAGUCACAAGCAAAUAAUCUUCAAGGAAGAUCAGAUUGGCACCAACAGUUCAUGCAGCAGAGUAACAAUCAAAUGCAAAUACCUAGUUCUCAACAGCAACAGCAACAACCUCAAUUUGUUCCUAAUUAUGCUCAGGGAAUGGGAAUGGGAAUGGGAAUGGCCAUGACAAAUGGUCCGAUAUUUAGUCAGCAUCAACAAUUACAACAACCCUUACAGGGACAAGCUACUGAGCAUCAAGAGGUUCAUAAAAUGGAGCAAGAGCAUAAGCAUUUUGAAAAUCAGUUUGAUAUGAUAGAGAAAGAGUUACAAGAUCAAGAACUACAACAAGACGAACAAGUUGCCGAUCAAACUGGUUUGGUCGAUGAUUCAGAUAAGGAGAGAUUUGCCGAGACUGCUAGAAAAGUUGAAACUUCUAUGCAAAAUGCCAAAUCUUCUCAAGAGACUAAAUCGAAAUUUCAAAACUCUGAUUUCUUGAAAUUAAUGAGUUCCAUAUCGACGAGGCAAGUAGAAUUAUCGGGAGAUAAAUUAGUUAAGACUACCAAUGGAGAAGAUAUUCGUCAAUAUUUAAGUGAUCCCUUACAAGAUGUGCGUGGUGAAGAUGGUAGACGUGAACAAACUCAUGGUUUUAAUGAAGAGAUUAAUUAUCAUGCCAUACAACAUGGAGUACCUGCAUUUCCUCAACAAUCGGUAGCUGGAGAAUCUAUACAACAUCAGCAAAAUAUGAGACCGGAUGUUAAUCAUUUACCUGAUCCAUUAGCUCAUAUCAAGGAUGGAGAUUUAGGAGAUAUUAUGGAUCCAUUUACAGCAGCUAGAGUUAUUACUGGAGGUCAAGUAAAUUUAGGUGAUUGGACAGAAGAUCUUGAAGAUGGAGAUGAUGAUAUGAUGUUUGGGAAUUCAUUUACUGGUUCACGUCAUAAUGCUCCAAGACAACAAAAGCCUCACAGCAUUAUGACAGAUAAACAUCAACAAGAAGUGUAUGAUGAUUAUAGACAUGAUGAUGAUUUUCAUUAAUCGAAAUAUUAGUAAGAGAACAGAUUGCUUAUAUUUUAGAUUACAUGAACCACUAUAAAGGUACAAAGUUAGAGGUCUUAGUAAUCAUUUGUCAAGUGCUGGACCAAUCAACUUAAUUAGGUAUUUUAGGUAAAGGUACAGUUUUAUGUACGAAUUUAAUUAACGGUUUUUUGAUUUCUCACUAGUAAGUAAUAAAGUAAAUACGAAUAACGCAUAGUUACACACAUUUUC